AAAUAUAAAAUUACGCGCUCUCUCACGUUUCACCUCUCUCUCUCUCUCUUUCUACCUUCAAUCCUCCCUAUCCAUGGUGAUCUGAUAGAAGAAGCGAGAGCGAGAGCGAGAGAGAGAGAGAGAGAGAGAAAGAGGCUGUAAUUUGAGCUGCAAUCUAGGGCAUUAUUGCGGCUUCGUUCUCGCCCCAGAACACAUUGAGCGAGCCAGAAGGAGUCUGGUGACAAUGCUGCCAUUGGACUCUCUCGACGCGCUCAUCAUCUCUGCCAGCAGAGCUUUCUGUAGUCGUCUAGCCGUUUUUGUUCAGAUUCAGGGAUAUGUUAUUUGCUUAACUCUUGCCAUUGGGUGGUCUCUUGCUGCUUUUGUCAGGACGAGGCAGAUUAGACAGAUAGAAGAUAGUAGAAAAGGUGGCAAUGGCUUUUCAUUUCUUUGUCAUGAUAUUAAUGACCUCGAGCAUUCUAAUCAGGUCAAACUACCAAGAGUGUCUGUUGUAAUGCCUUUAAAAGGUUUCGGAGAGCACAAUCUACAUAAUUGGAGAAGUCAGAUCACAUCUCUUUAUGGUGGUCCUUUGGAAUUUCUUUUUGUGGUGGAAAGUACUGAAGACCCCGCUUACCAUGCUGUAAAUAGUGUCCUAGCAGAUUACAAGGAUGAUGUUGACGCAAAGAUUAUUGUAGCUGGUUUAUCAACAACUUGUAGUCAAAAAAUUCACAAUCAGUUGAUUGGGGUGGAGAGAGUGCAUAAAGACAGCAAGUAUGUGUUGUUUCUUGAUGACGAUGUUCGGAUGCAUCCUGGGUCAAUUGGAGCCCUGGCUGCAGAGAUGGAGAAAAACCCUGAGAUUUUUAUUCAAACGGGAUACCCUCUUGAUUUACCUUCUGGAAGUUUAGGAAGUUACUGCAUUUAUGAAUAUCAUAUGCCUUGCUCGAUGGGUUUUGCUACCGGAGGGAAAACAUUCUUUCUGUGGGGAGGGUGCAUGAUGGCAAGUAUCAACUUCCAGAUGCGCGCAGAUGAUUUUAGAAAUGAUCGUCAUGGAGUAGUUUCAGAGCUCCGAGAUGGGGGAUACUCUGAUGACAUGACACUUGCUGCUAUAGCUGGGGCCCAUAAAAGGCUGAUUACAUCGCCACCAGUUGCUGUUUUUCCUCACCCCCUUGCAAGUGAUCUUAGUUUCUCAAGGUACUGGAAUUACCUGAGGAAGCAAACAUUCGUUUUGGAAUCAUAUACCACGAAGGUUAACCGGAUUAUGAACCGUGCUUUAUUUUCUUCCCACUGCUAUCUGUCGUGGGGGUUUGUUGCACCAUAUUUCAUGGCCGUGAUUCAUGUUGCAGCAGCACUAAGAAUUCAUUCCAAAGGGUAUUCACUUGAGGACACAGGCCUUACUUCUCGGGGGUUAUCACUAGCCGGCUGCCUAGCUAUAUGCACUUUUCUAGAACUUCUCUCUAUGUGGAAUUUGACAAGAAUAGAAGUUAAACUAUGCAACUUGUUAUCUCCAGAGGCGCCCCCACUGUCCCUUGCUUCUUAUAACUGGUGUCUUGUAUUCAUUGCAAUGCUGGUAGAUAAUUUUUUGUACCCUAUCUCCGCAUUCCGUUCUCAUUUUUGUCAGUCUAUCAAUUGGUCUGGUAUCAGAUACCACUUGAAGGAUGGAAGGAUUAGCAAGAUUGACAGAAGCAAAGGUAAAGGUCCAAAAUUUACAGAUUUAGGAGGAAAGCGUUUAUAUGUGAAGAAAGGAGCCGAGACCAAAGCCGCUAUCAUCAAUUCUUUGUCAAGAAGUUUAGCCCAGUGGCGACAACCGAAGAAAUUUGACGCCUAGAAAUCUAGUUAUCGUUGUAGUUCUCAAGGGCUCCAGGAGAAGUUGUUAUUUAGUUUAUUUGGCCAAUCAAUUCUUUGAUUGAUUUAGUGCAAUGAUUCAUUUAUUCAUUCAGUAUCCAUUCAAUCAAUUUGUGUAAUUAUUGUAAGUGAUUAUACUUCUAGUGUAAGAUGGUAAAGCUGUGUAAUAGCAUCCAUUUCUCUUCACAUCUGCCCAGCAUCCUCUGUUUUGUGUAAAUUUUUUGGUGUUUUGUACACAAAUUUUUUGUUUAUAUAUCAUUUCU